AUGAACUCGACCACACGUCUGGACAGCUUCAGUGAAGCUUUCUCAAAACAAGCCAUCACCGUUGGUCUCGCCUUAAUUAUCAACUGCAUCAAUGGAGCUUUUGUCUACACCUACUUUCAGAGCCAGGUCUUCCAGAGAGACUCCAGAUACGUGCUCUACAUACAUUUGGUGAUCAACGACAUGAUUUUGUUGACAUUUUCUGUGGCGCUGCAAAUCAUGACCUACACCAUUCCCCUGAGCUUUACUCCCUGCUGCCUCAUGCUGCUCGUCUUAGUCACCACCGACAAGAACAGCCCUCUGAACCUGGCUGGCAUGGCACUCGAGCGUUACAUUGCUGUUUGCCGACCUCUUCAUCACGUCCAGAUCUGUACUGUGCAGCGAGCCUACGCUCUCAUUGCACUGAUCUGGCUAGUCUCCUUCAUCCCGGGCCUCUCAGAUGUCAUCAUCCUCCUCGCCACUCAGCCCCUCUCUGUCUUUGCAAAGAGUGUCCUCUGUCACUAUUCCUCCGUGUACAACACACCGUACCACAGAGCACAAAGUGCAGCUGUCCAGGUGAAACAGUGAUCGUUACGUGAUGGACGUUCUUCCUGAUAUCAGCCGUUUCUGUUUCCUGUGUGAGCAGGUUGUUUUUGUUUUCAGUUUUAAUGUCUUUACUCAUGUCAGGUAUCAGA